UACAGUUUUUUGGGAAAAAAAAACACGUGGCAUGAUAUUUCAUCUGGAAAAAUGAAUAGAGCUCUGUUAUAAAAUUAUUAAUAUUUUGGAUUUUUCAUCUACUGCAACAUCUGUAGUUUCUACCACUGUGUGAGAGAAUUAUUAAAGAUCACAGACGAACCCUGGAUUGUGGAGAAAAAAUUAAAAAAUGCAGAAGAUGAACCUUGAAAUAAAGAACAUCUCCUUCACCUCGGCUUCAGUCUCCUGGCCACCGAAUCCUUAUACCUGCCCAGCUAAUCUCUACAGGCUUAUAUAUCGCCCGACUUGGAACAGUAUUUUGUCAGGCUUUUCAAGGCAGAAUUUUCACCGUGAGGAAAAGGUUCCGCUGGGUAGCAGCUCUCUAACUCUGCAAAGGCUUAAACCAUCAACCAACUACAUCCUCUGUGUCACGUGCCAGGGGUCCCAGCCUUCCAGGGACCAGUGUGCUAUCUUUCACACACUGGCCAAGGACCCUGUGGUUCUCACUAGUAGGACGUUAGACCUGGCUUCAGUGGUGUGGUUUACCAGCAGUAUUCUCCUAAUCAUAACUGCCAUCGUGCUGCUUCAUGGCUGCUUCAAGCUGUGGUGCAGGAAAUGCAAAAGGAAACAAUACAGCUCUGCAGAGACUGUUAGUUUUCAAGGCAGGAGUGGCCAAGCCUGGCCUGGGGGUAAUGUUGAGACUGCCCUUGCGAACGACCAUUGCGACAUCCCAUCCCUGUCAAUCCUGGAAAAACAAACAGAAGGCAAAUCAGAAGACUUGAUUGGGACAAAGGGUGUGCUGGCUUACAACAAAGACAAAGAUAAAAUGGCCAUUUUACCACAGAGUAUCCAUGAAUAGCAAAUGUGUGUUUUAGCCUUGUUCAUAUGCUGUAGUUUUUACUGAACAAAAGAAGGAAUCUGCUUCUACAUGUGGUGUGUUUUUUUUUAACUGUGGCCAUAUUUUUAACCUUGUAAACCUGCAAAUAAAUACCACUGCUUUGUAUACUGAUACACUUAUUCUUUUUACAUAUGGCCACAGAUGUUCUUUUGAAAAUAAUAUUUUUAAAAAAGCAUUAUAUUUACACAGGGUAGACCAUUUUUACUGGAGUAUACUACUUUUUCCAAAGAAAAUAAAAUAAAAUACAUUGUAAUAUACUGGGUUUGUUCGAUGCUAAAAAUCUGUUAUCACAUGUUAGGCAUUGACAUUUUGGCUUUCCUAGUAUUAAGUACAGUAAGCCACUAACCAAGCUCGCUGAUAUUAUGACUUAACAGUGUGCAAAGUCAAAAGGUUACAUGCCUGUAGAGAGGGGAUCUGCCUGCCUAAUUUACUAAGUCACCAGACCCCACAGACUGAUAACCUUUUUUUUUUUUUUUAGCGUGGAAAAAAUUAUUCCUUUUGGAGCUAUUAAUAAAGGUAGUUUAAUUUAGUUGGUAUACAUUGUUUUAUUCAGUAUGUGUAUGGUAUGUAUUUAAAUGUCAUUC